CAUUCAACUUCACGUGAAAACUAAAACAAAGCAAAAACCUCCUUCUCUGUUCUUCCUCCUUCACGUUCGUUUGCUCCUCCUUGCGCAGCCACCACCUCACCACCGUCGGACGCCGCCUCCGUCGCUGGUAACCUCCUUCUUCUUCGUCGUCCUUCUCCUUCCUCUCCUUCUCUGUUUCUUCUUCAUCCCCGUUUUUCUCCCCUCCUCAAGCUUCUGUUUUUCCUUGCACAGCCGCCGCGGCCCAGCUGCGACCACCAAGCCAACCGCACCGCACCACCUGCACCUUCGCCGUGGCCCUGCCCAUUCGGCUUGCUCGUCCCUCCUUCCUCCUCCACGCAAGCACAGCAUUCUCUUGUUUCGGUUUGUUUGCGGCAGCCACCACCACCGCACGCACCACCAGGCCUGACAACCUCCGCAAGCCGCCGCCUUGCCGCCGCCGUGAUCUAUCCGCCGACCAACCCUUCCCUCUUCUCUUUUUGGCGGAGAAUUCUCUCUAGGCGACUUUUGAAAGUGUUAAAGUGGCCUAUCAGUUUGUUUACACAAGACUUCUGCAGGAGCUUCUGUGCUUACAGACUUGGUAUUUUGGUGUGUAUUGGUGCCAACAAUGGCUGGAAAACAGUUUGAGCUCACCUUGUUGAUAGGAUUCAUUCACUCACUGAAUGCAGUCUUCCUGGUCAUUGAUUCCCUUCUUAAUGCCAUUCCGUUUAAAUGGUUUGGGUUUCUCUACUUUAUACUUUGGAGCACCGCAUACACCACAUUCCAGUGGAUUAUUCAUGCCUGUGGUGUCACAUGGUGGCCUUAUCCCUUUCUAGACCUCUCAACCCCGUGGGCACCUCUAUGGUAUUUCGCAUUGGCUGUUGUCCAUGUUCCUUGUUAUGCAGUAUACAUAAUGCUGGUGAAAGGAAAAGACUCGAUUUUUUCUAAGCUGUUCCCUAGAGCAUUUGUGAGAUCAGAUCAACGGCUGAUAUCACAGCACCAGAAAGCAGCCUGAGUCCUGAGGCAGUAUGAAACAGGAGAAUAACUGAAUUCGGAUGUUGCCAACAUUUCAUCAAACGUCCGACUUACCUAACUGCAAGUUGUGUGGAAGCAUUACAGUUUGUAUUUACUAGUUUCUAGUCAACUGUGUUUAACUAUAUAAUUAUAAAUCAACUUGAUCUAAAAUUUUCGUUAUGGCACUUGUUCAUAUUGGCAAUCAACACCUGAAUUUUACUUGGGUGUACAUAGAAAUAAGGUAA